CGCGAAAAAUGAGGACCACACGAAUGCCUGUUGUAAAAAAACAAGUGAACAUGUUCUCUUUUGCAUUGUAGGAUAUUUAGACUUCAUUCAGUGGGUUUCUUUUCGGUUGGAGAUUGUAACUUUUAUGUGUAAACGGGGCUGUUUUGUCUGGUCACCUUGAUAAUCCCUGCCACAUGUGAAGUGCUCUGCCUCGUUACAGUCGGCAGCACGGGCUUCAGUAACGUUAGCUAAAACAGUUCAAAUACAUCCCUGGCCGAGCUUAGAAUAGUUACAUUUAUUAGAAGAAGACACUGCAACACUGAAAGCAUGAACAGGCGAGAAGGUGAAGGAUGUCCCCGAAGAAAUGCUGAUGCAGCACUGGAUCGGGAUGCGAGUGACAACCCAUCCUCACCCGUCAUCGCUGCUUUCAAAGUUUUCCAACAGGAGCUUGACACCAAACAUGACAAAUACGAGCGUCUUGUUAAGAUCAGUCGAGACGUCACCAUCGAAAGCAAGAGGACCAUUUUUCUUUUACAUAGAGUGACCAGUGUACCAAAUGCAGAGGAUAUUCUGAAUGAAGCAGAAGUGAAAUUGGAUGCAGUCAGGCAGAAAAUCGGUCAAAUUGCUGAAGAGCUCAGAGGAGAGGACAUCUUUCAGUUUCACAGAGCUUUCACACCAGGGAUCCAGGAGUAUGUGGAGGCGGUCUCUUUCCUGCACUAUAUCCGUCAUCGCAGCCUUAUCAGCCUGGAGGAGAUCAACGCCAGACUGGUGUUUAUGAAAACAGAGAAGGUAGAUCCUAAGGGCUCAGCUGAAGACCUGCAGCCGGGAGGUCAAGUCCUGACCUUCCAGGUGACGCCCUCUGACUACCUGCUGGGCGUGGCCGACCUGACCGGAGAGCUGAUGCGAAUGUGCAUCAGCAGCGUGGGCAACGGCGACAUUGACACGCCCUUCCAGCUGAGUCAGUUCCUGCGGCAGAUCCACGACGGUUUCUCCUACAUCGGGAACACGGGCCCGUACGAGGUUUCUAAGAAGCUGCACACGCUGCGACAGAGCCUGGGCAAAGUGGAGGACGCCUGCUACGCCCUGCGCGUCCGCGGCUCAGAAAUCCCCAAACACAUGCUGGCUGACGUGUUUUCCAGCAGGACGACGCACAUGGACCCCGAGGAAGGAGUGGUUUAAAUCCCGCACAGCUUCAACAACAUCAUUUAUGUUCUCUGUGGUGUCAUUGUCUGCACUAGUUUAGCUCCAGUUUGUAUGUAUUUUUAAUGGGAUUUGACAGAUGUUUGAUACGUUCCGUGACAUGCUUGUUAAUUUUUGUUUUUAUUAUUAAAAUAAAAAGUGUUACAAUAGACAAUGGAUUAUAUUUCUUUGAUAAAGAUCUGAUGACUUCAGUUGUUUUUGCAUGAAUAAAAGUUCUUUGCCAAAUA